AACCCUCUCAAUUCAUCAUCUUUGAUCCCCCAUCUCUCCCCUUGCCUCCCUCUUCCUUGCUUUCUUUUUCUUCUCAAAUAGAGUUGUGAAAAAUCACUGCGAAAUAAUGACCCAUGAGAAAUUUGCGUUUAAUUGUUAGAGCCAAACAGAGCUGGAUAAGCAAUUCGUUCCGCCGCUAUCAUGGUUGAGGCCAAGAAGCAAGAGAAACCGAAAAUCACUCGUGGGCAUCAAACCCAGAUCUGGAGAUAGAGUGAGAGAACCGACCCAAGGGACCAGAUCUGAAAACCAGGGCAUGGAUUGAGAGGGAAAAUGGAGAAAAUGUGAGAAGAUUCGAAAGGAGAGAGGAGGCUGUGUUCAGAACUUUGUUCAGAAAGAGUCCCCUAGCCCCAUGAAUACAGAAACAGAGAGAAGGAAAAAGAUUACAAUCGAGAGAAAAAGAGAAGAAUCAAGAGCUUUUGGAAGAGAGUGGAGAGCGCGCAAAGGGAAUUUGAGAGGGAUACCUUUCAAUCAAAUGACGAUGUGAUAACUUUCCCUAAUAGUUUUGCAGGGAACUUGAAGUGCGUCUCUGAUUCUUCAAGUGCUCUUUAAGUCUACUGAAAUGACGAGUUCAAUGAAAUCCUCUGAGAAAAGCAUGGUAGACUUAGUUGAUUUUAAGAGCAUGUCCUAGGGAAUCCUUUUUGGUUGAGAAUUCAAAUGAAAACUCAGCUGAUACUGUAUCUUUGCGUAGCUCUGAUGAUUUGGGUCGGUUUUUUUCUCCUAUGGUGCUACCACCUUCGCCAUCAACCAGAAUUUUUCCCCAGAAGAACAAGGUGUCAGAGACUAGAUUAACUUCCUCCACCAGUGUGCGGUCAUUGGACUUAAUUGAUAAAAGGGCUCUUAAUUCCACUGAAAUUUCAUGUUCAGUUGUACCUUCUGAGACAAAUGUUGUAGAAACAGAUGAUUUUUUAAGCAAGUUCUCAUUAAGUGGAUCCUUUUUGCUUGAGGAUUCAAAUGAAAACUCAUCUGCAAGAGAAGUAUCCUGUCAUAGCACUGUUGAUGUGGCUGGGUUUGUUUCUCACACUGUUCUUCCAUCUAUACGGAUAAGUGCAACUUCAUCUGGGGAGAAGGCAUCAGAGACUGAAUUGUUUCCCAGUGUCUUUUCAUCAGAAUUAAUUGGGCCAUCAGAUGACUCCAAUGAUGUGGUUAGUAUUUCUUCCAUGGAAACCAUUGCCUUUUGUGACAAUGCGAAGCUUGAGGAUAGCUAAGUCUAUGUGGAUAAUACUGCACUUUAUGUUGUCUCCUGUACACUCAGGAAAAAAAGAUCAUACAAGCGAAUGUUUUGGGACGCUUCAAUUGCAAAAAAGAGUUUAGCAAAGGGGUAUGAGCAACUAGCAAUUUGGUUUGGAGAUGUCGAAAUGGGGUCCAACAAUGAUUCUAUGCAAAGUCUUCUUCCAUGUACAACCGCCACAACCAUGGGGUGUGAAAAUUUGCAAACAGAAGCUGAAGGUGAUUCCGGAUGGGAACUUUGUAAAUAAUCAUAGCAGGGGUUGCUGCUCAAUGUAACUGGAUUCAACCCCAGGCCUCAUGCUUGUGCAGGCAAAAUCAUCGUACCAUGAAUAAACAAACAUGGUGGGCAAUACGUCUACUGAAAGAACCCUUUCAUAAGUGGUAAAAACAUUGCAACUUGUUCAUGGCAUUUUUGGUUUGC